CAAUAUUAAUGUGGUAGCGUAUAGUGCGAAGCGACUGAUUGCACGGGACUGUUUCUGCGGUAUCCAUUUCCGUCUGAACACGACUGUAAAUACGUUACGAGAAUAGUUUAGCGGCAAUGUAUGUUUAAGUGAAAUGUAUUUAGAUUUGGUCGUGUUGUUUAUCGAUCUGGUGGUAUAGUUUGGGUGAAGUUAUACGUGGGUCUGAGUUAGUAUAAAUAAGGUGGAGCUUGGAAAGUUCCGCACACAUUGAAAGGUUUCAGUCAUGAAGGCUUGCGUGGUUCUCGCUCUGCUCCUCGUCGCUUUUGCGGUCGCGACCUCCGCCGCUGAUUUAGGACAUACAGAGGCAUCUCAUAGAGUGAGAAGAGAAACGAUCAGAGGACCGGAGUUCCCGAACCGAUGCGUGUUUUACGAGUGCAUUGCUAGUUGCAGACAACGAGGUUACAAGUCGGGUGGCUACUGCACCAUCAAUGGAUGCCAAUGUCUGCGAUAGUUACGUACAAUAAUUGAAUUUUGUAUUGGGUUCCGCGCUCUCCAUCUUGCCAUGUUUGUAUUAUUAAUUGUAAGCCAAAAAUGAAAUAAAAUUUUCUACAUUUUAA